CGCCACUACACCUCUCGACCACGUCUUCCCUCCCCCGCGGCGAAGCAAUGGCGACCUCGUCGCCGCCGUGCGCUUGCGCUGCUCCUCUCCUCCGCCGCCGCCUCCUCCCCGCUCCGCCCCGCGCGCCCUCCCCCGCGGCGCCACCUCGCCUGCGCCUGCCCCUCCGCCGCUCGCCGCCCCCCGCGCGCGCCAAGUUCGGCAAGUUCGAGGCCUCCGACGCCGCCCCCACGGAGGCCUCCGCCGAGGAGGCGGAAUCGGCGGCGGCGGCGGGUGAUGGGGCGGCGGAACAGAAAGCGGAGGAGGACGACAGCUGCUUGCCGUCGGACUUGGAGGGCGCGAUAUGGCAAUCGGGGAAGGCGAGCGCCGAUUUCGUCAACUCUGGUGGCAUGCGAGCCAUUGCAGAGCUACUGAUCCCUCAGUUGGAAUUCCUCAACGAGGAAGGAGCACAGGCUGAGGUCUGGGCACUGUCAAGGAUAUUCCUGGACACACUUGUAAAAGAGACAGGCCAGAAAGUUAAGGCCAUUUUUCCUGAUGCUGGAGCAGCGGCCCUUCUUAAGUAUCAGUGGACAGAUGCAGAGUUUAAGUGCGCCAGCUUAAGUGACCGGAAACCAGUUGACGUUGAAGAUGAAGUUGUUGUUAUGAUUAUCCCUGAUCAUCAGAUGGUGGAAUCUGUUGAACGGAUUGCAUCUCAACUCUCUGAUGAUCCUAUAAGACCUCUUGUCAUGUGGAAUCCACGCCUUGUUAGUGGAGAUGUUGGAGUUGGCUUUAAUGUUCGAAAUCUGCGCCGGAAUUUCCUAAGCACUUUUACCACUGUUUACUCGAUGAGACCGUUGCCAACUGGUGCAGUCUUUCGACAAUAUCCGGGAAAGUGGAAAGUAUUCUAUGAUGACCCAAAGAGGCCUAACCGGUAUUUGCUUGCCCGAGAACUUGUAAGCCGACCUGAUGCAACAGACAUUGAGAUAAUAUUUGGAGGCGGCGAUGAACAAUCUGACGAGGCACCAUCAUUGAUGAACAAUGUAAUGGGCGUAUUUAGUUCCGUGAGCCGGUUUAUGAGAGUAAUCUCCAAGUGAAAGUCUCAACCAAGCCGUUGAUGAGAAUCUUUUUGGCCAUGAUCCACAUCAUCAGCGAUGCUGUUAAUCUGCAACUCCAUGGGUUACUAGCUGCUACUGUCUACUAGCAAGCGAUGUCUAGUUCACGUUGCAGGACGUGUACAAGCUACCAAGAUGUGUACUUGCACGAUUGUAUUGUAGAUUCCUGCAUCUAUGAAUGAUCCUAAACAAUGUUAGCUCCUAUAUAACAUUUCUGUAGAUAGUUACAUAUCCUUCUGUUUCUGCAAAUAAUGAAGAUCUGAAUUGUACUUUCUGAGUCACUUAUUUGUCCA